AUAUGUACCUGUACACUCAAGUGAAUGGUACUUGAAAAGCAGAGUUUGCGUACCGAGGACGUGGCUGGAGCGAGGAGCCGACGUAUAUUGUGGUACGGUAACGGUGGUGAUGGUCGUUGGGGGCAAAAAUGGGUCCUUGUUCACCAGCUUUGCUGGGCACGACUUUUGAGUCUUUCACCGACGCAAGCUACGACACCCACCACGCAUUAUAUUUUGAUCUUGGCAAGCGCACGAAUCUUUUCUGCGCCUUCUUCUUUCGAGUGCUUUCACAACAUAACUUGCAACCGUUGACUUUCAACCUCUCAGCUUCAACUCUACCCACCGGUAUAUACGACGUUACACUAUGGACAACCGCACGUCUAGCAAUGAGUCGACGCACCAGGAUCCAAUGGACCUCGAUGGAGCGCAAUUCGGCACUACCGCUGCAACACAGACCCCAAGUGGAGCUACCGCUCCAACGCGCCCUCCUCCGUCGUUCCCCCUACCACUUCCCUCGCACUUGCCCUUCCCUCAUCCUCCACUGCCCUUCGGGCCAUUCCCAUUUCCUCCACUACCUGUAGGAGCACCAGCGACUCUAGGGGUUCCACCUAUGCCAUUCCCUUUCCCUCCUCUCCCUCCCUUUGGUUUGCCACCUCUCCCAGGAGCCUUGGGCCCAGGAGCCUUGGGUCCAGAAGGCACUCCCAACCAUCCACCUCUCGCACCACAACCCACAGUCACCGGCUCACUCCUACUCGAAAUCGCCCUGGACGAUAUCACCCCAUCCUCCACUGGCAUAUCCCACAAGACCGGUUUUGAGACGAUAUGCUCCUACAACUGGGUUCGGUCCCCACUCUCUUCCCCAACAAUCUACGUACCCGGCGCCCCUCGGAAGUGGACCCCUCCAACCACGCUGCCGCAAUCCCUACGACGUUCCAACCUGCCCCAUUUCGUCAAUGAAAACGCGUUUCGAGCCGCAGAGCACCAAUUCGAGCCUGUUUUCCAGGCCAUGGCCAUUAUGAAGCCAGAUAUGCGCAUGAACGACGUCGACGUCGUUAGUGAUCGCGGGAGCAUGCAACGACUACUGGACUACACUGCGACCAGGAGCGUCAGGAGGCCCUAUCUCAUUGCCGCUCAACGAGUUAGAAAUACUCUGUUCCUGCGAGUGUUUUCUGAAAAGAGUGGGAUCGUAGGGGGCCAUGCGAGUGGGCACGGGAAGGUUUUCGAGGAGAAGUACACGAGGGAUGCGAUGGGGCUGGGGGAAUUAGGGUCAAGCUUCCACCGUGUAGUGAAGUACGAUUUCGGAGGUUUGACGCUCGUGCUUAGGCACGAAGUAGAUGCCUAUUACGAGGGACCGGAAGUGGGUACGCAUCCAGAGCAGCCGCCAGCAAGGGACCAGUAUCGGGGACUAGAGGACGUGGGGAUAAAGAGCCACAAAAAUGCCGCCAGGGUCGAGAUAAAAGGGAAAGACAUCCCGGCCGCUAAGAUGGCGGAGAUCAAGACUGCAAAGAAGAGUGGCAACGUCGUGCAGCAGAUGUGGCUCGGCCGCAACCCCCUGGCUUAUCCGUGGAAUCUUCGACCACCAUACGGAGGGCGUGGUCAAUGCCAUCAACGUGACGAACAAAGCGGCUGAGUCCUUUGAGAAGUACGAGUUGGAUGAGCAGGAG